AUGGAUCGAUCGGCUGUAAAACCCAAGCAGGAACGGGAGACCACAAAACGGGGCUCAAAACGCGAGCGGUCCCCAAUUGUAGAAAGCGAGGAGUCUUCCGACGGCUUCCCGGUGGAGGUGAUUGAGGUGGAGGACGAGGAUACAGGUGUUAAUGAUGAUGAUGAUUUGGCAGAGUUGACUCGGACAAUCCCCUCCGGUCUACUUGUAUACAGCAUGGCGACUCGAUGCACUGCUGCUCUGCGCGCACUCUCCAGAACACGCUAUGUAGCGCGUUCGAACGCUCUCGCUAGCUCGUCAAGAUGCCUUGCUACCGCCGCCGCAGAGGCUCCCGCUGCGUCUCCAUCCCCGCCACCACCUUCACCCUCUGUCGCUGCUGAUCCCAAACUGAACAAGAUCGUUGACGACAUUUCUGGGCUGACCCUGCUGCAGGCGGCGGAUUUAGUGACGCUCUUGAAGUCGCGAUUGAACAUUCAAGAGAUUGCGAUGCCCGCCGCUGCGCCAGCGCCCGUGGCAAAUGCUGACGGUGCAGCGGAGGAAGCCGUUGAGGAGAAGCCUAAGGAGAAGACCAUCUUCACAGUCAAGCUCGAGUCAUUCGACGCCGCAGCAAAACCCAAAAUCAUUCGGGAAGUGAAGGCCAUGGUGCCAAACUUGACGCUUAUCGAGGCAAAGAAGUUCGUGGAGUCGCUACCACAAACACUCAAAGAGAACUUGUCGAAGGAAGAUGCCGGAAAGUUGCAAAAGACCUUCAUGGACCUCGGUGCCGUUGUCAAGCUCGAGUAA